AUGUCCUUUCUCUCUGCCUGGACUGUCUGCUUUACGGACAUCACAUCUACUGCGGGCCCGGGCUACACGGACCUUUACUUCGUCGCCAUGGAAUAUCCAUCAUCGGAAGCACUUGACCAGACGGAGGAGGACGCAGAUGAGCCAGAUGUCGACUAUAUCCCUCCAGAGGAGGCGACGCUCAGAAUUACUGACAGAGCGGCGGAACAACUACGUUCAAUGGCAGCUCGUGAGCACAAUCAGGAUGCUGCUCUUAGGGUAGCCGUUGAGAGCGGAGGGUGUCACGGAUACCAGUACAAACUCGAAUUAGCGGAGAGUCGGCGGACCGACGACUACCGCUUCGUGCACCCCACGAUAAAGCCAUCGAAUGUCGUAGUCGAUGCCAUUUCAAUGUCUCUGUUAAAGGGGUCAACGAUUGAUUUUGCGACGGAACUCAUCGGUAGCAGCUUUCGCGUAUCAGACAACCCGCAGGCCAAAGGUAGCGGUUGCGGCUGCGGUGUCAGCUGGGAACUCAAGAUCUAG